AUGGUGGGGUUGGAGUGCUUUCUGGACGUCGUCAGGGCACUCGGCAUGGGCUCCUGCCUCUCCCUGGAAGGCGGAUCAGCCUACGGCCCACUCCCUUCCUCCCCAGGGCCGGGCAACAAGAGGAGGAAGAGGAGGGUGACUGGGAACUCCUCUGCCACGGCGGUAGCGCCGCCUUCCAAUAAUCUGGAGAUGUGGCUGCACAGAAUCCCUGGCAGGCAGUUCCUGAAUGGUUCCUCUGAUUUUGCUUCCUUGUUCUGCAAGCAAGGCAAGAAAGGGGUCAAUCAGGACGCCAUGAUUGCUUGGGAGAAUUUUGGUUCCCCGGAUACCAUAUUUUGUGGUGUUUUUGAUGGGCAUGGCCCUUUUGGCCAUGUGGUUGCAAAGAAGGUGAGGGAUGCUCUACCUUUGAAGUUGACUUCACAAUGGGUAUUGACUAAUAACGCCAAGAAAGGGACUGCUGAUGAUACCAACGAGGCUGCUUCAUAUCAAGACCACAAGGAUAACGAGCACUGUGAGCUUUUUAUGACAUUGAAAGAUUCUUUUCUGAAGGCUUUUAAGGUCAUGGACAAGGAGCUCAAAUUGCAUCCUCGUAUUGAUUGCUAUUGCAGUGGGACAACUGCUGUUACCUUGGUCAAGCAGGGCCAGGAUCUUGUUAUUGCAAAUGUUGGGGACUCUAGAGCUCUACUAGGCACCAGAGAUGAAGAUGGCUCCCUCGUUGCUGUUCAGUUGACUGUAGACCUCAAACCAAAUCUUCCAAGUAGCUUUCUUUCUCCCACUCUUUCUAAUCCAUGGUUAAAGUUCAAAGAUAUGAAGAUUCCAACUUUACAGAAAAUACACAGCAUUUGGUUACUACUUGUCUUAGAAACAAAUGCAUAG